AUGGCACAGAUAGACAUUCCUGGAUUCACCGCCGACUCUGUGUUGAUCGACCUCACAGGAGACGAGUCGGAGACUUCCACUGACUUGGAAGUCCAUGAGCUACCGCCAAUGGAACCUUAUAUCAAGCAGGAGCCCACCAACGAACCGACCUUGAUUGCUCACACCUCCACGAGAGAUGACCUUCAGCCUAAGAUAACUUCUGACAGCACGGAUGAGAUCACAAAGAUCUCUUCUGACACUGAGGAUGAGCAGCCAACCCUCACUUCGAAAAAGGACCCUGAUUCGUUCACCAUCAGCCGCGUCGAUAUCACAGAUCAGCCUGACCCUGUUGCAACCCCCCAGCAGCAGGAAGAGGGCGCUUUGUUCGACACUGAUCCUUUCGUCCAGGAUGACAUGGACAUGGCCAUGGACAUUGCCAAUCUGGAGGCUCUGCGGCUCUACAACGAAAACAAAACCAACCUCCCUGUCCAACAUGAAGAUACAUCUGCCAGUGCAUACCAGGAAAGACCAUGCCCUGAAAGCGGCGAUGAUCUCGACAUGCAGCUUUGGGAUGCCGGUGAGGACGCCGACCCCUCUUUCGAGCAUGAGGAGGCUCUCGCCGCUUUCGCUCGUCGCAAGGAGGAAUACGAGAGGAAGGUGUCGCUGGGUAUCACAACUGAAGUGGAUGACAUUCAGUUCGCAGCCGACAAAGCUGCCGAGCAGAAUCGCCUUCGAGAUUUUGAGCGGAGCCAGAUGGUCGUAGCUGACCCGCCCGAGCUCCCGCCCGGCUAUGUUGAGGAAGAGUCUCUCUUUAUCCCGGAGCAAUCUCGGCCUCCAGAUGUUUCGUUUCGCAAGAGAGCUGCUCCAAAGCCCAAGAAUCGAAUCAACAAGCAAGAAAUGUUGGAGGCCAUGGCUGCUGGCAUUGACAACGGGUUCACGAAGGGUGGAAAGCCCAAGAGAAAAGCCACAGAAGCAAGCGAUGACCACCAACCGAAGAGAGGGCGGACAUCGAAGGCUGCUGGCGGAGUGAAGCCAGCGCGGCGGCAGCCCAGAAAGCGCAAAGCACCCAUGCUGAGCAACGUGUCUUCUUUGGGCAGAACCAAUAUUGUCCAAGCCGCACAAGCCAAUGCUUUAAGGCCGGAUAUGCCUACAUUCACAGCUCGCGACAAGAGUAAAGCCCUCAGAGAGCUAAUCGCUAGCAUCCCACUGGCAGACGGCGGUUCCCACAAUUCAGACAAGAAGGCAAUACUGGAUGCCACGAAGAAGUUCAGGGGCAAGGGCGCUAUAAGAUCGGACGGCCAAGGUGCGUGGAGGCACAAAGAUAUGGAGUCAUCGUUGUAUAAUCAUCAGCUUCUCGGCGUGGCUUUCCUCCGGGACCGCGAAAACUCGGACUCAAAGCCCCGAGGUGGGCUUGUAUGUGACGAAAUGGGCUUCGGGAAGACGAUACAAAUGAUUGCCAACAUCUUGGACGGUAAACCGGACGAGAACAGCCCGUGCAAGACAACGCUGAUCGUCGCCCCUCCCACGCUACUCACCCAAUGGAUGUUCGAGAUGGACAAACACGUCAAAGGCGGCAAACUCGGCCGUAUCCUUCGAUACCACUCCGGCGCGCGCCUUGUUAGCAAUGACAUACAAGCUGAUCUAUGUGCAUACGACAUCAUUCUUACGACUUACGGGGAAGUUCAGAAGAGCUACCCAGUACCCGAUCCACCGAAACACUUGUCCAGCGAAGCCAAGAAAAAUGAAUGGUGGGCAAAGUUCUUCAAGGAGAACGUCGGGCCUCUCCAUCAGAUCAAGUAUCACCGCGUUGUACUGGACGAGGCACAUCUGAUCAAGAAUCACACUUCUAAGACUUCUAUCGCAGUGUGUGCGCUCACCGGAGUAUACAAGUGGUGUAUCACGGGGACUCCGAUCAUGAACUAUAUCGAAGAACUCUAUCCAUAUUUCAGAUUCCUGAGGGUGCCACAUACUGGUGACUACGGCACAUUCUGUCAUAAUUUUUGCAACAGCCGCAUGAGCCGAGAGCCGAUCAACAUGGAGAGAAUACAUAACAUUCUACGGGCGAUCAUGUUGAGGAGAACGCACGUCGACACCAUGUUCAAUGCCCCAGUGGUCAAGCUCCCGGGCAUCACCCAUACGACCCACCUGGUUGAGUUUAACGAGGUUGAGAGAGCCAUCUACAACAUGGUCAAGACAAGAUAUAUCUUCCAGAUCAACUCAUACUCCAGGUCCGGAGGCCUAACGGCAAACUACCGAAACAUUCUUUCCAUGAUGCUACGGCUCAGAAUGCUAUGCUCGCACAUCUUACUCUGCCAGGACGUGCUCAAGCAAAUGUUCGUGGCUGCUGACAUUGAAAGCCUGUGGCGCUUGACCGCCAAAGAAGUUCGAGCUGCCGGGGAUGAAAACCAGAAGAACCUGAUUGGCACCCUGAGGAACAUGCUCCAGGUCAAGGCAAACACCGUCCCGACUUGCCAGACUCGGGACGCUGAAGUGGAUGCCACCGCCGUUGACCUCACCGCUCCCUCUGUGACUACGGCGACUCAAGAAGUGGCAACUCAAGAAGUCGAAGCUGCCGGCGCCACAGGUCGGAGCUUUGGACUUUCCUUCAAGUUCCGCAAAUUCCUGCGUUCGCUGAGCGAGUCUAAGACCUGGUCGGAGCUGCACGACCGGUCAACCUGCGGUAAAUGCCGGCUUCCGCCAGAUGACCCGGUCUGCACAUCCUGCUUCCACGUUUACUGCAAAGAGUGCAUCAAUGCAAUGGAAUACGAGUGCCAGGCACGUUCCGAGGAAGGAUGUGCAUGCCUUGAGUGCGGAGCCCUCUUCGAAGAGACAUCUCCUUGCUCGGGGUUGAAAGAGUUGGGGUUCAAUAGUGACGCGGUGACACAGAGGAUUGAGGAAACCAAGAAGCGAGCGAGACGGUCGAGCAGCGGUGGGAAAGGUGGCAGAGGCAAGAAAAACAACCGAAGCAAUAGUGUGCCAGCGGCCGGUGAUGACAAUGACGAGGAAGAUAAAGACCCCGACUGGAUCGAGUUGAUGGGAACCACAGUGCUACCGUCGGCGAAGUUGACGGCGACCAAGGCAGCGAUUCUGAAUUGGCAGCAAACCGCCAAGGGCGAGAAGAUUAUCAUCUACACGCAAUUCCUGGGCUUGUGUCGGAUCCUCGGGAAGGUCUGUUCCGCCGAGGGAUGGGGCCACGUCGAGUUUAACGGCAAAAUGUCGUUUGAAGCGCGCGAGAAGUCGAUUGAGCGGUUCAGAGACGACCCGGCCGUGUUUAUCAUGAUAUGCAGUCUCAAGGCUGGCGGUGUCGGGCUCAACCUCAGCAUGGCGUCCAAAGUCAUCAUCUUGGAUCUGUGGUUCAACUCGUCCAUUGAAGCCCAGGCCUACUGCCGCGCCUUCCGCAUCGGGCAACAACGCAAGGUUGAGGUCUUACGUUUCGUGGUCAAGGACACCAUCGACGAAGACUUGAUCAAGAUGCAGGAUCGCAAAGACGUCGAGGUCACGGGUGCUAUCGGGCCAGAGAGCCACGGCAAGCGCGCCACCAUUCAGCAGCUGCUGGAGCUUUUUGGCGAGGUCAGGGAAGAAAGCCAGAACGAAUUCAUCUUGAUCGAGGACGACGAUCAGAAUGACAACGAUGACGCGAAUCUCCCGCUUGCUGAGAGGCUUCCUCCACGUCCUUUCUAG